AUGCGGUGGUCCUCCAUUACCUCCAAUUUAUUCUUGGACGGAGGCCAUGAUUCCGGUCAAAUCAUCCACACACCGGCUUUUAAGAGCAUCUCCAAGCCUUCUAUGACACUCGCGAGUCCUGAAGGUGCCCUUCAGGACUCGAAUUUACUUCUUCACCACGCCACCCUGGCCGAUGACGGGCUUGAUUGUCUGCCCGAGUUACGCUGGACGGCUCCGCAAUGUGACCAGCCCGUGCAAGAGUACGUGUUGAUCUGUGAAGACAUCGAACCCCCAAUUCCAUUCCACAUCAUUCACCUUGGGCUGCAAUGGAAGAUUCCUUUGUCCGCCUCAAAAGCCUCUCCAGCCGAGGUCAAGCCUUCGGAGGCCGACUCAAAGCGGGCUGGCGCUGUUUCCAACUCGCUUGGUGCGUCUUACAUUCGUGCUGGUCCUCCACUAGGCCACGAUACUCAUCGUUAUGUGUAUACGAUCAUUGCUCUUAGCGAGCGUCUUCAGUUUGAACACCCCACGAAGGCCUCCAAAAAGGAUAUCCAAAAUGCCAUGGUCGGGAAACUUGUGGGCUGGGGGCAAUGGAUCGGAGUAUUCAAGAGUCCCUGGCCGAACUAG